UUCGACAUAUUGACGGGCUAUUUGCAUUGCCUAAAUAUUACAAGAUAUCGUUGCGCUUGAUGCUAACUCCUGUUUUGUUAGUCGUUUUCAAAGAUAUGGAUUUCUAUUGUUUGCGACACAGAGCUUCAAUAGUCAAAAUACUUUUAGUAUUUCUCUUGGCAGUAUGGCCGAUUGAGAGUAUGGAUUUUGGAGGGCAAAUUCACGCGGACACGACCCUUGCACUAAACAAUUCGCCGUACGUUGUGAAGGAAGACAUAAACGUUUCUGAAAAUGCAACACUGAAAAUAGAACCUGGCGUAAAGUUAUACUUCUUUCCCGGAACCGCUUUGCAAAUCAACGGCUCUCUUCAAGCAAAGGGGAAUACGACCCAUAGGAUUUUUUUGACAAAAAUAUCAACAAACAGUUCAGUGCGCACUGUGGCAAAAAAAGUUGGUAAUGCCGGAAUUCGGCUUGCGGGUGGAAAAAGCUACGAUUACGGACGUUUGGAGAUUUUUGUCAAUGGAAAAUGGGGAACUGUUUGCGAUGACUGGUUUGAUUAUAACGAUGCUCAAGUUGCCUGUCGACAACUUGGUUUCAUGAAAGCAAAACGUAGCUACACGCAUGGUGGCGGGAGUGGACCGAUUUGGCUUGAUCGUCUACAAUGUGGCGGAUCGGAGAAUAAUUUACUUAGCUGUAAACAUCGAGGUCUAGGGGUGAAUGGUUGUAACCAUGGCGAAGAUGUUGGCGUGGUAUGUGAGUUUUUGGGGAGUUAUCUAGAAAAUACGUUUUUCUGGAAAGGCGUUAAGUUCAAAAACUCGAAGAUACCUUCAACACUACAAUACGUGGAUAUUUCGCAUGCUUUUAAAGCUAUAUUUGGCGAUGAAUACCUACCUGAGAUUGAUCAUGUGAGAGUCACGAAUUCUGCGCUUGGUGUGACAUCCAUCAACCUAAAGUCUCCCCUAGUUUUGACAGACAUCGCUGUCAGAGACAACAUCUUUGGUGGAGUUCAGAUAACUGGAAAAUCGAAGACUAUCGAAAUCAGAAACACGAUCAUUGCUAAUACAAGCAAAGGGGAUGGAUUCUCCUACGCUGGAAUUGAAGAAACGGUCGAUUUUUGCUCAGUCAUUGAAGAAAAUGUUAGCUUUCCAAUUACGUUUCGCGCGGUCGGGCAAGCUAGAAGGAAUGUUGAAUGUUCAAAAGUUUUUCAAAGUGUUGGAGGAAAUCGGCUUGUUAUUUAUGUCCAUUCGACACCUGACUCUAGUCAAACUUUUGAAUUGUUUGUUUACGACGGAAUCGCAGCUAAUGGUACUCUCCUUGUUCACGUCAAGUCGGGUACUGAUGUUUAUAAAGAUAUUUUGCCUCAUUCAAGUUCUGGCAAUCAAAUUUACAUACGUUUUCGUUGUUUAAGUUGCCAAGAAGGAACAAUAAGUUUCACUGUGACAGUUGAGGGAGAUGUACCUCUUCUAGCGAUCACGAACUCCACCUUCAUGGACAGCAACGGCAAUGGUGCAAUCCUAAGAAAAAUCACAGGCCGAGUUGAAAUUUCUAAAACUAAUUUCUUUGGAAAUAAACAGGAUGGUUUGACCAUCGAACAUCUUUCCGGAAUUCUAUCAGCCAAAGAAGGCACCCAAUGGGUUAGCAACACCGCUAACGGCCUUCGAGUGGUGCAAAGCAGUCUUUUACUGAGUGAAUUGAUCGAGGUGUUCUCUAUUCAAAAUGAAAACAAAGGAUUGUAUUUCAACCGUGUUUGUAUGAGAUGUUACGUAUCUAACAGUUGGUUUGAAAAGAAUUUACAGAGUGGCCUUGUUAUCUCAGAAGGUGGCUUAAAAUGCAACAUAACCAACUCAUUUGUCAAAGAAAACUCUCUUAAUGGGAUUUCCAUGGUUAACAAUUUUGGCUACGUCGAUUUUUUCAAUAUUACUUCCAUAUCUAAUAAAUAUAGUGGAAUCAACAUGCAAGAUGGGAUGGUAUCCAGUGUAUUUCAACAUUCAAAUUUUUCCAAGAAUGAUCGUGAUGGAUGCACAAUAUGGAAUCAAAUUGGUGGUUAUAAAUUUUACAAUUGUGUGGCAAAUUCAAAUUAUAGGAACGGGAUUAAUUUGAUAGAUGGAACUGACCGAUUCAAACCUCGUCAUUUUGGGCAUUUAACUCUACAAAACAGCACAGUCAGCGAAAAUGCAAAAUAUGGGGUCAAUCUUUCUCCGGAAUGCAGGUACUGGUCCAGUUCAGCAGUCAAUAUGACGUUUUUUGUCAGCGGAAAUUCUAUAACACGUAACCUCAGGGGUGGUGUUUACUUAUCACCACAAAGUUGCCCUAUAGAUUACAACGUAAGGCCGAGACGAAUUAAAGGCACUGUCACCUACAACCAUUUCGAACAAAAUUUCGAGACGUCGUUCUACGUGUAUUGCACUGGUCGUUUCGGCUUCAAUGCGGUAUUCUCUGACAACACAUUUUUCAACAACACAUGGAAUGCCAUCACUUUGACGGACAACAAGAAAUGUGGUUCACAAUUUGACUCGAAUCCUGUUCAUGUCGAUAUUCGCAGGAAUUCUUUUAUGAAAAACACAGCUAAGAGUGUCGUAUAUAUUGAUUUUUAUUCCUUCUCACAAAAACGUUCUGCUCUUGUAAAGAACAACACUUUCAAGCAAAAUAAACCCUCCCGUGACUCUUCGUAUGACCCUUUUCCGAACAACUUUCGACGUUUUGAAAAUAGCGCCUGUGUUAUAUUAAAAGAGGGAAACUUUUCUUUUCAUGAAAAUGUUUUUGAAAAUCCUGGGUUUGAUUUUGAAAUUUCCACCACACGUCAAGAUAUUGCUAACAUUAUCCAUGCAGAGUUGAAUUGGUGGGGAACGCCGAAUGAAUGUGAAAUUUCUAACAGAUUAUUUGCUUUUCAUCAACGAGUACAUCUUUCUCCUAUAAAGUACUUUCCGUUCUUUAUCUCCGACCAUAUGACCGAGUACACUAGUCUCAAUACCUCGAGACCAGUUUGUUUCCGUAACAUCUCAUUUAUUGGUGGAAGCCUGGACAGAGAUUUAACAUUGUCUUCUGAUCAUUCGCCUUAUACCGUAACAGAUGACAUCAUUGUAUUGCCAAGUGCAACACUAACAGUCGGCCCUAAUGUCACUUUGCAAUUUCCUGCUAAGGCAACAAUGGUUGUUCAAGGCCGUUUGAUAGCGAAUGGUACAGCAAGCGAGAGGAUCAAACUUGUAAGGUCUCCAAGCGAAAAAAGAUUCCGUUUGGGUGGAGGUGCCGGACCUUGGGAUGGUUUGUUGGAAAUUCUGGUGAAUGAGACAUGGUGGCCAGUCUGUGUUAAAUUUUUCAGAUUUGACCAUCACGAAGGAAAGAUUGCCUGUCAACAACUGGGGUUUGACUUUCAUACUUUGACACGUAGUGGCAUUCCUUGGGACGUACCAGGUUUUGUUUACAAUGUUUUCUGUGAUGUGGAUGCAAAUGAUAUUAUGAGCUGCAGCAGAUCUUUUUGGGAAUAUGGCAAGAAAUGUCGGGGAUACACCGUGCGUAUUACUUGCAAGAACCACAAUUGGGGAGGAAUUCAUUUGGCGCUUUCUCAACACGCCAGCAAGUUACAUCAUGUAGAGAUUAGAGACGCUGGAUACGCUUAUCGCGAUGACAUCAGUGUUUCGGGUGUUGCACUGAGAAUUGAUUUUGAUCAGCACGAUAUAAGUCACAUUUACAUCCACGAUUCCAAUGGAAUUGGCGUUGGAGUAACGUACAACAAUCUAUACAAUAACGCUAGCAUAAUCCCCAUGUCCGUUAUAUCAAAUACAGCGUCGCAUGGCUUUAGCUCGAAGGCCCCAUGGCUCGUCCUGACUGAUUUAAACGUUACGCAAACCAGAGGCUCAGGAUUCUUCUUCUCAAGUUUAUGGGGCCCGGCGAACAAUCUUGCUGACGAACUAUCGAGUCCUAAAAUGUAUCGGAAAUUCCACGUUUGCUCCUUGAACAAAACGUUUGUGCCUGGCAAUAGCGUCUUUUAUUUUUUUCUGGAGCGGUUGCGAUACCAAAAACAAUUAAAUUGUGAACACGUCAUGCAGACUGAACCCGGCUACAAAAUUUUUCUUCAAAUUCUACGACAUGGAUUUACUGAAAGUUGGGGCACAUUUUAUUCCAGCUUGGUUAUUUUCGAUGGUUUGGACAAACUCCAAGAUUCUUCUGUAAAUCUUAAAACGGUUGGCCCGUAUGAUCGACGUGUUUAUACGUUUUCCAAAUCGUCAAUAUUAUUUGACUUCUUUAAACGCCGUCAAAAGAAUGCCGCUUUCAAUUUCUUUGUUUAUACUGUUAAAGAAAACGAGACAUUUCCGAACGAUGUAGAUGGUGGGAGAAUAUCGAUAUCUAGGUCAAGAAUUUCUAACAGCAAUAAUGGGGUCUUCAUGGUUGGAAACGUUUUGAAAUCUGCCCAUAUUUCUGACACGCAAAUCACCGCUUCACGUGACUGUGGCAUAAUACUAUCCCCCUAUGGACACAUCACGGUCACCAGGGUUCUUAUUCGGGACAGCGCCAACCAUGGUAUUUUGCUACAAAACAAGGCUUUAAAAACGGCACAUAUUUCUGACACACAGAUCACCAACUCACGUGACUGUGGCAUCAAGAUAUCCUCAAGUGGACACAUCAGGGUGACUGGAGUCUAUAUUCAGGACAGUACCAAGAAUGGUAUAUUGAUAGAAAACAACUUAUAUUCCCUUUUUGUCAUUGGCGUGGAUAUUAUAAACUCAGGUGGUCAAGGUAUUCAAACAAAAGGCAGCAUAAGUAAAGUAAGAAUUGUAUCAACGAGGCUCGAGAACCAGAAUUACGGUAUUUAUACGCAAAGUAUGCACUCAACCACAGAUUUCUUGAUAGAAAAUUGUGUUGUUAAUGUUUCGCGGUCUCAUAGUAUUUAUAUCGGAGAAUACGCAUAUGGAAAAUUGUGGAUUGUUAACUCAACUUUAAGUCACAGUGAAUUUGAAAGCAUGUACAUUUACGGAUAUCAUAACAAACUCAACUUGUUCGUGAAUGGAAGCACGUUUGCCUGGAAUAAAAAUAAAGCGAUACGCUACUUUCGGCAUAAAUAUCACACGAACAAACCAAUAACUAUGAUAUUCGAGUCAAACAAUUUUGUUGGAAACCAAGGACCUGUAUUUGAUAUGUUUGACAGUUGCGACAUCUCAUGGAUAAUUCGCGCUAACAAAUUUCAUCAGAAUCAAGCCACCUCAACCAUCAAUCUCGACACCAGCCGGUGGUCCUCGUGUAAGCCAACGGUGUUAGAAGUGUCGGAGAAUAUCUUUUCAGGAAACCUGGGGCAGGAAAAGGCGGUUAUAUACCUUGAAAACGAUGUCGGCAAUGUUAAGUUGGAAAGCAAUACUUUCGAACUCAACUCAGGACGCUGUCUUUUUAUAGCAGAAAGCGUGAAGGAGUCUGUUUUUAUCACAAGUAACGUGUUUGUUGAAAACGACGUAAAAGAUCACAGCGUAGUUGAUAUCGGCACCUCUGUUGGCGAGAAUGCAGUGUUUACGAAUAAUAGUUUUAUGAGAAACAAAGCAAAGGGCGUGGUCUCUCUGCAAGUCGUGUGCAAAACUGGUGGAACAUUUAAAGGUUGCGGACAUUUUAACGUUACACAAAACGUUUUAUUUCAGAACUUACCAUCCUUGCCUUCUCUCUCAUCGAAGGAGACAGAGCAGUGCUCUCUGUCAAUUUCUGGUUUUCUGUUCUUUAAAGAAAUCUAUGUUAAUUUUAAUAGCUUUGACAACUCAAAGUACACAAAAGAGUUUUGCGUUUUACUUCCUGCCACUUCCUAUCGCGACAAAAUCGACACCUCAAACAAUUGGUGGGGAACGGAAAAACCCAGUGAAAUACGUGAUAGAAUAUCUGAUUUUGAUGAUAACAAUGAUUAUGCCAUUGCCGAAAUUUGGCCGCUCUUGAACGCGAAUAAAUCGUCAAUAUUAAGUGUGCGAUCAGAUUUUAAACAGCGCGGAAGAGUUCUUUUCGGUCGAGUAUCGGAAUCGGUUUCUUUGAAGGCGUCAGAAAGUCCCUACAGAAUAACAUCGGAUCUGAGCAUUUUAAAGAAUACAACCCUCGUCGUGGAGGCAGGGGUGACAGUAAAGCUGUUACCAGGUGUUAGUAUUCUUGUGAUUGGUGCACUUCAGGUGAAAGGAACCCCAUCCAAACCAGUCCAUUUCACCAUUGAUAAACCAGCAGGGAGAAAUAACAGCUCCAAGAUGAUUGUUCGACUUGCAGAUGGCAGUUUCCCAUGGCAAGGAAUGGCGCAACUGUUUAACGGUUCCGUUUGGUCGCCGCUUGUUACACCAGGCCGUCUGCCUUUGCACAAUUUAACAAAUGUGUUCUGCAAACAACUCGGCUAUGGACCGCCGACCGCUGCAAAGAAGAUUCAAAUGAGCCCACUUUAUAAUGUUUCUCAUUAUCUUCAAUUCCAUUGUUUCGGUAAUGAAACUACACUGGACGAAUGCCAUCGUCUCGAGGAAAACAACAGCACUAAUAUGAACUUUAUAUAUCUUGAAUGCCAUGGCACUGCUUGGGGUAACGUGCGUUUUGUGUCCUCAAAUGAAACGAAUUUUACACAGCAGCGCUCAACCUUAAACUUUGUUAAGUUUACUCACUGUGGAAAUCGUCACGGAAUGCAUGUUCCCGCGAUGGAAACGAUUGUGAACGUGCCCAUAAUGAACGCUAUUACUGUUCAAAAUUGUACUGCUGGCGGUUUGAAAAUCGCGUUUCCAAAUCGAAAUGUACACAUCAACCAAAGUUCGUUUUUAAACACAGGAGGACCAGCAGCGACAGUUCUACAAACGCAUCGAAAGGUGCUUGUUGAAAACUCGAUCUUCCGUGACAAUACCCGUGGUGUAUCUUUCGAAGAACCCGGCCAGGGGAAUAUCCCACAAAUCAACUAUGGUCGGGCUUUCUUAUGCGGUUACGUAAAGUCCAUUCACAUCGAAACCACUAAACUCCUCUACUAUGACAUCCCACGGUUAAAGAACGGAGCAGUGUCACAAUAUUGCGAGAAGGCGCUGACUACAUCAUUGGGCAAGGGAUUCAAAGUGGUCGUAUUGUUUCAGAGUGGUUCACAGAGCGAUAUACAGCUCUUCGAUUCACAUAGUGCGAAUAAUGACGUCAUUUACAACCACAAAGGGAAAAGUCUUAUUAAAAAAGAUUUGUUUAUACCCACAACUGAAAUCCUGCUACGCUGGAAUGGUGAUUCGAAUUCAAAGAUUGCGAUUUUAGUUGAAAGCAUUAACAUAUCUGAUAUGCCCGCAUGCACCUACGAACGGGAUUUUUGUGGCUGGCAGCAAUUCAGCAACGCGUCUGUUCUUGGUCGUGUGAUGACUGGAACUUGGUUUAUUACUCGUUAUCAAAAUUAUUUAAGAGAUCAUUCCUAUUUUUCUGCGCGUGGAAAAUAUCUAAUCUCAAGGAGCUCGUGGGCAAGUAGGGAACUUCGGCGCGCAGGAAUGAUCAGUCCAAGCAUUAAAUCACUGCAAUUUUGCUUCCUCCAAUUUUUUUAUGUUUUGAAAGACGAAGGUCUUCAUAGGUUGAAGCCUGGAAUAUCAAUUUACAUUAUAACCGGUUCCUAUACAAAGUUCCAACGGAAAUUAAUUUGGAAUACUAGAAAGCACACGUACGGCAAAGUCUGGACAAAGGUUCUCAUCACCCUUCCACGUGAUGUUGAUGAAUAUCGGAUCGCGUUAGAGGGUGAAAGCCCUAGUUAUACUGCCAUCGAUGACUUAGAAUUCAAGAUUUGCGAAAAUGCUGAAGAUCAUCGUCUAUCAAACAACGAGUUCAUUGACAACAACCAACAUUCUGUACAAUACAUAUCUUCGGCGGAAAGAGCCGAUACACGUCCGAAGUUUAUUAUUGAACGGUCUCAAGUUUUGAACACCUUAUCUUCCGCAAACUCGGUGCCCAAAAGCGCCGCCAUUUUCCUCGAAAUCCAAGACAACCGUUUCACUAUCGCCAAUAACUUUGUCGCCAACAACGUAUUUGGUGGAAUUGAAGCUAAAUUAGGUGGGAGUUUCCACGGAACGGUGCAGGAACCUACAGAAAGUUCAAUAUAUGGUAACACGUUUGCCGGUAACACAAACGGAGCAAUUUUAUUGUCAGGACGGAGUUCUGGGAUACAACGAAUGCUGGUAAAAAUUAUGAAAAAUGCUUUCGAGAGCAACUUUGGUCCUUUCAGUACAGUCAAAGUGAACAAUAUCCAAGUGAAAAUUGUUGACAAUUUCUUCUACAAUAAUUCCGGGCAGCAUUCGCUUGAGUAUCAUUUUGAGAGUGAUGGCUUUAAAGGUCAGACUUGUGAGAUGAACACGUUCUACCUCAAUCGUGGUCUUGAGUUCGCCAAAGGUGCAACGAUUCUCACAAACGGACCGCUGGAAUUUCAUGGAAACAAUUUAAAGAAUCCUUUCAAUUUGUACGAAUUUAGCUCAACAACGAAGCCUUUUACGGACCCAAUUAAAGCAGCGAACAAUUGGUGGGGAGUCGGAAGGGAAGAUUAUGUCCGCGCGCUUAUUUAUAGCAAGAAGAACCAUUAUGAUUUCGCGUUGGUGAACUAUAAACCAUUCGAAAAACUACCACCAAGGCACAUCUUAUCUAUUAGUUGUCCUCCAAACUGGCAGAGAAACGAUUUAACAUGCUUUGUCUUCAGAAGAGGUAGUCAAACCUUAAACGAAGCCGUGAAAUAUUGCCAGGAUCACGGAGCUCGUGUGGUUUCAUCACUGUCACCAAUAGACAAUAGAUUUAUCAGCAUGGCGCUGAACGAAUCACGAUCCGAAAAAGAAAAACCACUACCAAUAUGGGUGACAACAGAAGCAUACUUGGAGAAUGAACAGACUUCAAAACAGCAGUGUACAGUACGAACUCACGAGUUGAAAGAUCAAGUUGUUUCAUGCAAAAGUCACUACCCAUACAUUUGCACCCAAACUGCAGCUACUCGCUGUCCUAAUGGGUGCUCCUACAACGGAGAUUGUGUUGGAGCAACUUGCUUUUGCUACCGCGGAUGGACAGGGAGAGACUGUUCUGAAUUUCAGUGCAAUAACGUGAAUAACUGUUCGGGAAAUGGUCGCUGUAUUGGUCCAAACGUUUGCAAAUGUUUAGCGGGAUACCUGGGUCGAGGCUGUACCUACUCUGACUGUGGAAAGUAUCGAAAAUGUAUUGAUUGUUACCAUGACGGUAACUGUGGUUGGUGCGACAGCUCGCAGCAAUGCAUAGCGGGUACAUCUUUAGGCCCACAUUCAUCAAAAUGUCCAGACUGGUUUUACCACAACUGCAUCACGGUUGGGAAUGUUAGCACAUGUUCGCAAGAAAUUAUGCGCGUGGACUGUGUAAUGAGGCAGUGUAACCGAUCUGAAGAGACAACAACACUGGAAUCCUGUCAAAAAUGUCACGAUUUUGAGAAGUGCUUCAAGAACGUGAAGGAAGGGGAGUGUCGAUCAUGGAAUGACACUCGUUGUCCUGACGGAAGAGUGUAUCCAGAUUAUGCGGAUCCGAAACGGGUUGAAAACAUUAUUUACAAGAAAAAUGUGAAGAUUGUUGAUCCAGAAAUAACAAAGAUAUACAAUUGCCCCAUUCAACUUCCCGGAGAAGAUGAUUCCUCCACCGUUUUGGUUGCACCCACAAAGCUUGGUCUCAAAGUUGGAGACGUGCUUUUAAGUGCGCAGGCAGGAGGUCUGAUGCACAAAAUUAGCGAUACAUCAGAAAAAGGGAAUUUCACGUUCCUACUUGGCAGACCGGCAGGAAUAAAAGAAGUGAUUAGCUACGCAGAUUUUGGUCAAGUGGGAAAAGCAGUUCAGAUUAUUGACGAAACAACUUUAGAUACAGAACCAAACUCAGAUUAUGUCAGUGGCGUGAUAAAUGGAUCAAUAAAAUUGAAUGAAUCUAAAGUUCACGUGCUAUCAGAAGGAACUCCAUUCUACAAAUGCCUAGGAUACAUUUACAAAAUUGGCGAAAAUGUUGAAAAAACGUAUUAUAUCGUGAUGAACAAGACCAAAGUGCAAAACAUAAGUCAGGGAGAUGUGUUUGUUUCCAAGGAGAGACCUGAAUUUAUCGAGCGUGUUCUGGAAAAAAACAUAAACGAGAACAUGAUAUUCUUGGAAACUGAAAUUGAAAGGUGUACAGAAGACUUUAAUCUCACGAAUAGAUUUAUCAAAGGAAGAACGUCAAUUGAAGGAGAGGUAUACUGUUCUGGAGGCGAUAAUAACAAUGGCGUGGUUGUUGGUCAGUUGGACGGUUCUGGCAACGAAAAAAUUGAAGUCGGCCAUCUCAUUGUCGGAAGGGAAGGUUAUCCAGUGUUGGCAAAGGUUAUCGGCUCGAGAACCAGCGGGGACUAUAUGUUAGUAGAAGUUAUUACCGUAAAAUGGAUAUCGGACGGGAUAGCUGCUGUAGGUCAUAUUGAUGUUGAUCAGAUACAUAAGAAACAUCGGAGAGAUAGGCGAGCGACUGCAGAAUAUGAUUUUCAUAAUUCUUUUGGUGGGAGCAGAUUUUCUCUGUAUAAUGGAGCCAUGGGGGAAAUUGAAAUAGAGCCAUUAAUCACUUUGAACGCCGCUGUUGCCGUGUCACUUACCGUAAACGAGGAAGACGAUGACAUUUAUAUUAGUGGAAAGCUGUCUGGUUUUAUAGCAAUCAAUAUUAAAUUGAUAUAUUCCUUUAUACAUAGUUGGUCUGUCGAUAAGCUAAGCAUAGUGAAGCCAAAGACGAUUCCGUUUUCUAUUGCUUUGCUGCCCUGCGAAAUAGUCUUCAGGCUUGACGGAGGAGUUGGGGUCAAGAUAAAAGGAGCGCUGGGUACUCAGGGUGGUUUGCAAAAGCUAUCGCAGACAUUUUUCAUAAAACCAGGAUUUUUUGUAGAAGGCAAAUGUUCGAUAUCCUACGACGGUUGUUCACUAGAUUAUGAUGGUAGUACUGUUUUGUCUGAUAAAUCCGACACACAGCGUUCUACUGGUUCCUCGAUAGAAAUGUACGCUCAAAUGGUUCCUAGGGUCGAGCUAAGAGUCUCCGCCAUUCCAAAGUUUCUACGAAAUACGUAUGAGAAAGUAAAGAGUUUUUUUUAUAAGCUUUUCAACACGCGUCCCAGUUACGAUUCCAACAAAAGUAAACUAUCUCUUGCACUCGGUGUGUCCUGGCCAUUUAAAAGAACAAUUACCGAGGAACCUGGGAGUUCAAUUUGUCGCGAAGGAAAAUCCAGCAUCACAAGUAGCUUCACCUUUUCUAACAUAGCAGCGGACGUUUCUGCAAACGUUUUUUCCUCUUCGUACUCUUUGGGUCCGAUUUCCUUCGCAUUUUCGAGGCCAAGGAAAAAUUGCAUUUGUUUACCGUGCGAUAAGAGUAAUUGUAAAUGUAUGUCCACGACUCAUACCACAGCAAACCCUGGUGGCUCAGAUGGAGGUAACAGCGGUAGUGGUACAGGUGGAAAUUCUGGUACAGGUGGAAAUUCCGGUACAGGUGGAAAUUCCGGUACAGGCGGAAAUUCCGGUGAAGGCGGAAGCUCGGGUACUAACUCCACCGGCAGCAUUUCAAGAGAUCCACCAAAGCCGGACACACACGGAAAUCCUCCAAUAUGUGUUUUGGGGAGGAAAGGAAAUAAUUGCUCCCAACCAGAUAUCCCAGGCUGUUCAGAAUGCAAGAAUGGUAUCCCUGAGUGUACGCCCUUGGGAUCUCGUUGUUCUUGCUUCCCAGGUUGGGUAGGAAAGUGUUGUGAAGAAAGAGAUCGUUCAAACAACGGAGGAGAUCCGCACCUUCAAACUCUUGACGGAAUUGAAUUCGAUUACUUCGGCAUUGGCGAGUACUGGGCAUGCAAAAGUGUGGAAAGUGACUUUGGUAUACAGUUUCGUUUCUUUGCCUAUCAACGUGCAUCGUUGAUUGGUGGUGUCUCAGUGAAAGCUGGGAUGAGUGUGUUGACUGUGAUGACUUUGAAUUAUAGCCGACCUCGGGAGUUGCCUAAUAUACGGAUUGAUGGGUCUUUAGUUAAUAUUUCAAGUUACUCGGGACAGACAGUGACGCUCAACAAUGGAACUGUCAGUCUAAGUGCUCAAGAAACGUUUAGUUUUGAUUCGCAAGAAGCGGCAGUUAUACUCAUUUCGCUUCAGUUUGAAUCAGGAGUCACGGUGACAAUUGACGUGCGUUACAGUGAUGUGAUGAAAAGACAAUAUUUGAAUGUUCUAUACGCACUCGGGGUGGAUUUCAAAGGGAAAACAGAAGGUCUUUGUGGAUUUAUGGAUAAAAACACUUCAAAUGACUUCACUGGACCAAAUGGAGAGCUCUUCUCUGACGCAGUCCAGUUCAGCAACUCAUGGGCAAUAACAAGUCUCCGUCAUAAUUCUGGUCUCCGUGGGUCGUGGUCUUGGAAUUCAACAAAUUUCCACGUUGACGAUGUCAUGGAUUCUUCCUACAACGACCCACACUAUAGUCCACUUUACACACUGGAUGGUAUAAAUCAGUUCAUCGUCGCGAAAGCGGUUGAGACUUGCUCCAAUCGUGGCCUUGCAAACGGUUUGUUGAAGAGCUGCAUCUACGACGUGGCUGUGACUAAUGACACAUCCCUUGCAGACCAAGAGGAAAUGAAGCCAGACUGCCCCAAUCAGUGUUCUGGCAAGGGAAGAUGCCUUAACUCUACCUGUCUUUGUAUGGCAGGAUGGUCUGGGAAAAGUUGCGAGAUAGGUAACUGUUCCAAUUGCAAUAUAACGAAUGGAGAAUGUGUUAAGGGAUUUUGCCAUUGUAUGGAUGGUUGGGAAGGACAUAGCUGUGAUAUGAAAGCAACAUGUUUUAACGUUGGGAAUUGUACAAGUAUUAAACACGGAGUUUGCCGGAGAACUGAUCUAUGUCGCUGUAAUGACGGAUUCAUUGGGCGGGAUUGCAGCAUUGUUCCUACCUGUUCCAACGUAUCUGAUUGUUCUGGCAAAGGUAUUUGUGUCGAUUAUGACGUUUGCAAAUGUGACCGUGACUGGACCGGUGAGAACUGCACUUUACCCUCUUGUGCAACUUUGGAUUAUUGCUCAGGGGGUGGCCAAUGUGUUGAUAUUGACUUGUGCGUGUGUGAUACCGGUUGGACUGGAGAGAGUUGUGCACUUGCUGACUGCGAGGAAAGGAACCAUUGUUCUGGUCAAGGUGAAUGCGUGGUGUCGAAUGUCUGCCGUUGUUAUCCGGGGUUUUCCGGUCCCGAUUGUGCAGACAUAGCAUACUGCGAGCAUCUAGGAAAUUGCAGUGGAAACGGCGCGUGCAUGCAAGAGAAGCCUGGCGAAAAUAUGACAUGCAGAUGUUAUAACGGGUACAGUGGACUAGACUGUAGUAUUCCGUUGUGUUCCUUCCUCAAUAACUGUUCUGAUCAUGGCGAAUGUGUCGAGGCUAACCUAUGCGAGUGUGACAUAGGAUAUGGUGGAACUGACUGUUCUCUUCCUUCCUGCGAAGCCGUCAAUUACUGUUCAGGACACGGGAAUUGUACAGGUUAUGAUACGUGCGAAUGCGAUCCUUUGUGGCAAGGGCCAGCGUGCAACCUUGGUGACUGUUCCCAACUAAACCACUGCAAUAACCAAGGUAUUUGUGUUUCACUGAAUACCUGCCUGUGUUACCGCGGUUGGGAUGGAAUUGCAUGUAACUUCACCGCACAAGAAAACCUACACACUCCAACUUUCAAUGAAACAUUAUACAAUGUAUCUGUGUUGGAAAAUAGUCCGGUUGGAACGAAAGUCGUUAAAGUUCACGCGAGCGAUGCGGAUACCGGCCUGAACGGAGAAAUAGUGUACAUGCUAGGUGGUUAUCUGAACCAAAAACCAUUUUUUAAAAUCCAGAAACCAUUGUUUACAAUCAACAGCAUGUCUGGUGAAAUUUUCACGUCUUCGGUUUUUGACUAUGAGAGUUCUGCACCUCGUCUCCUCGAGAUAAUCAUCCUAGUUUCCGAUAAAGGUUAUCCACCUAAAUCUGCUUUGGCUUAUCUGCAUGUAGCAAUCGAGGACACGAACGACAACUGCCCCAUUUUCAAGUCACCUUUAAAAAGGUGGUUUCAUUUAACAAACAAAUCAGGCCCAGGAACCUUUUUGGCUGAGGUAUCUGCAGUUGAUGCUGAUAGUGGUCCCAAUGGUCAAGUAAAAUACGCCAUGUCAUCUAAAGGUAAUCGUAGCGAUGAUUUCAACAUCGACGAAGUAAAUGGCACAGUGACCGUCGCUAGAAAAUUAAGUGUUCGUGAAUAUAACUUGAUAAUUAUCGCAAGUGAUAUGGGUUUGCCUAAAUGUUCAACGAAAAUUGAGAUUACUGUAUAUGUAUAUGACGAAGUGGAAAAAGUGUCUACAACUGCUACAGGUAAGCCCACCAGCACAUUUUCCCACGAAAGUGGUGGAACAGGUACAGUAGCUCAUGAAACCGUUACAACAGGAACAACAGCUCAUGAAACUAAAAAAACAGGUACGAUUACAAGAGCAACGAUUACAACCACUAAAAACGUUGCGCCCUCGAUAACAACAAGUACGAUUACAACCACUAAAAACGACGCGCCCUCGGCAUCACCAUCACAAAGUUGGUACAAACGGUCAACAACAAUUGCAGGCAUGUCUGCAGGUUUUGCACUGGUAUUUCUUCUUGUCGUUGGAAUUGUCUUUAUUAAAUGUCGUAAGUGGAGAAAUAUCACUCCGUCAGUCAAUAAAACUGUCUAUGAAAAUUUUGCUGUUCAAGCAUAUCCGAUGCCAAAAAAUGCCUGCAGUGGAACAAACGAAAGCAAACGGGCGGAAUCUGAGUUAUAAAAGCAUUGAAAAUGCUCCUGUCUUUAUCUUUUUUAUUUUGUAUAAGAAUUUAGAGUAAGAA